CGUCAGCUACGUGUGAGGUCACAUCAGUUUAUUUAUUAUGUGAUGGGCAUAAUUUCUUGUACAUAUGGUUUACCUGCUGAUGUGUUUGAACUUGUCUGCAGCCAAAGCAAAGACAGGACGGGUCCAACCAUGGGUCAGAGAGGAGCAGAAGCUGCACUUCUUGUCUGUCUUUUUACUUCAUCAGUGGUGCAGGGCCACAAUGGCUGGUCAGUGACUUACACUUCUACUCAGAUCUGUGCCUUACAAGGAUCAAACAGUGGACAUAGGCUGCAGAUACACAUACCCAUCCAAAAUAAAUGGGAUGUGACUGUCGUUGAAAAAGUUGUUUGGUUUACUAAAAAGAAGGUGAUGAACCUGUGGGAUCUGAGGACAGAGGCAGAGUUUGCAGGUCGUGUUCAAUAUCACUUUGAUAAAACAGACUGCACUCUGAGAAUCACAGACCUGAGAGAGAGCGACUCAGCUGAGUACAAGUUCAGAUUCAUAACAAACCAACCAGGAGGGAAAUAUGCUGGCUCACCUGGAGUGACUCUGGCUGUCACAGUUCUCCAGGUACAAGUGAUAAAAACUUGGCCAAUCUUGUAUCCUACCUGGAGACAGGUGACAUGUCAGAGCAGUUGUGUACCUGAUCCUCAUUCUACAUCUGGUACCAGAAUGAACUCAACAUUCACAAACAAGUGUCUUCUUUUGAAAAAUACUUUGGUAUACAGACGCAUUUCCUGUGCUGUAAAAGGAUACGAGAAGUUUCCCUCUCCUUCAGUGUGUGUCGAUGGUUCAAACUGUAACACAGUGGCGUACACCAGCAGAAGCAUCUGUGCCCUCAAAGGUUCAUCAGUGGACAUUUCUUGCACAUACAGUCACAGAGAUCCUGUUGAGUCAGCAUUCUGGUUCAGUGCUGAACGUAUUCAUCAGAGGCAGCAUGGCUCACAACAUGAGGACCUUAGAAACGACUCCCAGUAUGCAGGUCGUGUUGAUGUCAUUGAAAGAGAAAGAGGACGCUCCACUCUGAGAAUCAGAGACCUCAGAGAGAGCGAUGCAGCCCAGUAUAACUUCAAACUCAAAACAUACUGGUUUGAGUGGAAGAACAGUUUUCCUGGAACAACUCUGACUGUCACAGCUCUGCAGGUGAAGGUGAGCAGAAUAAUAGCAGUCCCAUCAGUCUCAUACUGAGGCAGAGCUGAACUGUCAAAAGCAGCUGCAGUCCAGCUGGUCGUUCUUUCCUACGUCUGGUUCAAGAACGGACAGAAAAACAUGACACAGCAAACUUCUGUUUAUAUAGAUGACUUUUUAUCCUGGAGACAAACCGUCUCCUGUGCUUUCACAGGAUACGAGAUUACGGCUCUCCAU